AAAGCAAAAACAAAAGAAAAAAAGUCUGGAGUUAUCUACUUGAGUAGAGUACCAACGUGUAUGAAUGUCAAGCAAGUCUGUGAAAUGCUCUCACAGUACGGAGCCAUCGGAAGAGUUUUUCUUAAACCCGACGUAAAAUACAACAAAAAAAAUCGUGUCUUUGAAGAAGGUUGGAUUGAAUUUGAAAGAAAAAAAGUGGCCAAACUAGUUGCAUUCACACUAAACAACAAACCGAUCGGUGGCAAAAGAAGAAGCCCCUGGUUCCAUGAACUCUGGAAUUUGAAGUAUUUGAAGGGGUUCAAGUGGACCCACCUGAAUGAAAAGUUGACAUAUGAAAGAGCGGUUAGGAAGCAGAAAUUAAAACUUGAAAUUUCAAAAGCGAAGAAAGAAACAGAUAAGUUUGCUGCCAAGGUAGAAAAACAAAGAAAAUCUAAA